CCGCCUAAUCUUUACCAUUAUGAAUUGACAAAACAGCCCUCCUAAUAAUAACCCGCCGUAGUCUCUAAGCAAACUUGACAAAAUAAAAAUCAUCCACUCGUCUUGAAUUCACCUAGUUGACUCAUCCGCCAUGUCCGACAACCAACGAACUCACAAAAAAGACGAUCCAUUCCUACUCAAUUACGACGUUGAUGAACUCCGAAUCGCCUCUGAGUUUCUGUCCAAUUGGCUUCCCUUUCUCUCACGUGACCUCUGCCAUCACUGCACACAUACCCUCUCCGAUCGCAUCCGAUCCCUCAGUUUUAAAGUUGGUGGCAAUGCGGAAUGCUUGAAGGAACCGAAGAAUAUGAGUGUUUCGACUCCGGAACGUUGUGAUUCGGAUGGCUGUAAUGGGAACCAAGAGAAUUGUGACAACAAUUCGCUUGGAGGUUGGAAUGAUUGUGGUGACUUGAACGAUAAUGCAGAUACUAACUCAUUGGGGAGUUGGAAAGACGGGGCUGGUGGGGAGCCCUUUGAGGAGCUUUCUGUGGACAGGCAUUCAUCUGACAGUUGUAUAGAGGGUGCAGAUUCCCUAUCUCAGCCUGUUGGAGAGGUAUCUACAAGUGAAGCAUUACCUGUGACUACCCCUAAAGUGAAGAUGUCAUGGGCAGAUAUGGCUCAGGAGGAUGAACUUCAAGCUGAGGAAGUGAGUGAGUCAACUGCCUUGAGUAGUCAGGUGAAUGGUAUGUCUGAAGAAGAAAUUACUACCCCGGAGAGUAAGCAAAAAACAGAAUUGUCAAGGGAGCAGCGAGAGUACAUUAGAUUCUGUAAUGUGAAGAGGAAAAAGGACUUUAUAUGUUUGGAGAGGGUGAACGGGAAAAUCUUUAAUAUACUUGGUGGACUGGAGCUACAUAAGGGAGUCUUUAGCGCAGUUGAGCAAACUAGAAUAGUUAAUUAUGUGGAGAAGCUUGACCAGAUGGGGAAGAACGGGGAAUUGAAAGGGAGGACGUAUACUGCACCAGCAAAAUGGAUGAGGGGCAAAGGGCGUGUGACAAUCCAAUUUGGUUGUUGUUACAACUAUGCACUAGAUAAAAGUGGCAAUUCCCCAGGGAUCCUCAAAAGUGCAACUGUUGAUCCAUUGCCUGAUCUUAUGAAGGUCAUGAUUAGAAGGCUUGUAAGGUGGCAUGUGAUGCCUCCGACUUGUGUUCCAGACAGCUGUAUUAUCAACAUUUAUGAAGAGGGCGAUUGCAUACCACCACAUAUUGACAAUCAUGAUUUUGUGCGCCCAUUUUGUACUGUUUCAUUUCUUAGUGAGUGCAACAUUGUGUUCGGAUCCAACUUGAAAAUAGUGGGUCCCGGUGAAUUUGCUGGUGCAAUUGCAAUACCAUUGCCAGUGGGAUCUGUACUGGUCUUGAAUGGAAAUGGAGCUGAUGUAGCUAAACACUGUGUGCCAGCUGUGCCUGCUAAGAGGAUUUCAAUCACAUUUAGAAGAAUGGACGAAGCUAAAAGACCAACUGAAUAUGUUUCUGAGCAUGAUUUAGAAGGGUUGCAGCCCGUGUCAUAUGAAGCAGACACACAAAAGAAAUCAAGCUCCUCUAGGCCAAGGUUUUCCGCAAGAAAACAGUCAGUGGGACAAGAAGAGAGCAUGGAAAGAGUAAAGAUGCCAAUGAGAAGGCAUUCAGAGCCCCGUUACACAGGUCGAUAUCGACGAGGACCUCCAAACAGGCAGUGGGUUGGGGCGAAUACGGAAAAUUGAAGGCACAUUCUGACUUCUGUAUAUUGGUCCGCGUCAUCUACUAAAAUUAACAAGGUUAUUGGUAUUCGGGUCUUCUCAUCUUCUCGAGUUGUUAAAGUAUUAAAAUUGUGGGAGAUUGCUUGUUUGCUACUGCAUUUGAUGGAUAUCUUCUUAAAUAGAAGCUCAAUCCUACUCUCUGAUCUACAUUUGCAAUACGGGAAACCAAGUAUUGAAUGUGAACGAGGAACAGUCAAGCUAUAAGUGGGGAAGAGUGGUGGUGUGAUCUAAAGCUAGAGAUGGGCUGAUAUGAUAGUAGAUCCGAUGUAGGUGUGGUCUUCCAAUUUGCAGCUGUAAUGGCAUGAGGCAGCUAUGCAAAUAAAUACUUGGCAGCUUGGAUAAACCCUGCUGAACUGGACUCGCUCUACUUCAAUAAUAUAUCUUGUGAGAAAUGUGUCCACCCGUGUUACCUUGAUCGUGUAUAGGUGAAGCUUACAUGGUGUACUAUUCAUAUGUCAUAGGUUACAUUUGUUUGCGCAUAAGCUUUGGUGCUUACUAUUUUCUCCUAGGAUUCGUAUUGUUAUUGUAUUGGACUUGAAAGCGUUGAGAGCAAAGUUGUGUUAUCUGAGUGUCUUUGUUUUUUCUA